AUGCCUGCGAAUAUGAGAAGCGCCCGCUGCAUGACUUGCAUUCUUACGCGGGGGACGUAAUCUGUACGCAUUAUCCUUACCGUUGAACACGGCAACCUGGAGCUCGACGACGACUUGGAAGCGGUUUACGAGCCCUGUGAACGAGAACGGGCAUGACAGCGUCCUUCGCAGCAUACGCUUCCCAAUUUCUGAACAGACAACAGUCCGGACAAUCCGGAGCUGCAUCCAGUCUGUCUUCGUCUCAACCCAUCUUUUUCUCUUUCACGACCGAUAAUGGCUCUCAUGCAGGCAAUGGGCAUGAAACGGACCUUGACGACAUAGAUGAUCCACAUCUACGAGACAGCGAGUACAUGAGCAGGCAUACCGUUACCGGGAGGGAUGAAGAGAUGGGUGCGGACGAUGAUGAUCCUUACCUGCGGCUGGACGAAGAAGAUCCUGGGCUGUCAAGACAACAGUCAUCUACAAUGCCUCUCCUCGGGGUAUCAACGAGUGACGGAAGACAAGGGUGGCUAGCGCAUGCGUCGCCGUUGCGUUCACCUUCACCUGUUCCUUCAGAUUCAUCCGUAGAUUCUGCGUUAUCUCAUAAUAUUUCAAGUCGACCCCCGACUCCUCCAUUUCAUCACAAUCACUCAAAUCAAGCACUACCCCCACCACGGACAGCUCCAGCGCUAUCCCUCACAGAAUCUCUGCUUCCUCGAGACGGACGCUCACGACCAGUUGACGUAUUUUCGUUACCUGACCCUCGAUAUAUUCCUCGAGGUCGUCGGAAAUACAAUGACUCCAGGUGGACUGCCGUAUGGUGUACCGGUCUCGGUAUAUGUCUCUUCUGCUCCAUACUUAUCCUCUUCCUCACACGCAAACCAAGCAAAGGGCCUCCCGUUACCCUUCCCUACACAACACUGUUGCAUACUGUUCCGCUACUGACCAUUCUUAUCAUUUUAAGUGCGGCUGUAUCAUAUGCACACAUCUUUCUUCUACGGAUAUUUGUCAAGCCUGUAAUGGUCGCUACUUCUGUUUUCAUUCCUGCAACUUUGCUUGUAUCAGCUCUAUGGGCUUUCAUUGGUAGCUUUAUGUGGGAUGGAGAUCAAGAACCGACAUGGGGAGAGACAUGGGGGUUACGCUUGUUCUCCCUUAUUCCUUUGGCACUGUGCCUAAUAACAGCCAGGAGACUCGUCAAUCUACCCCGCGAGAUUCAUACAGCUUCGUCUCUCCUAACUCUCACUACUCGCCUUCUGGCAACAAAUCCUUUCUUACUCGCCUUGUCUCCUGCCGUGCUUUUGGCCGCCCUCGUAGGCUCGAUACCAUUUAUCACGCUUGCCUUCCGGCUUCUCCUCAUAGGAUAUACCGCGCAUCCUCAUGGUCGAGACUCAGGAUGGGAAUGGCAUGUACGCGGAUGGGCCAAUUGGGCUAUCGUGGGCACUAUUGGUGUUUGGCUUUGGAGUUGGGGUGUUGCGAGAGGUGUACUUAGAGUGACUUGCGCUGGUGUUGUUGGCGCAUGGUAUUUUGCAGACCCAACUCUUCCACAGCCGCCUCCAAUGUCCACUCACACUAUUCACGCAUCCCUCGUGCGAGCUUCUCAACCUUCCCUAGGCUCUAUCGUGCUUUCCGCGCUCAUCAUAACAGGCAUUCGUCUACUGGGGCUCAUAUGUAUAGGUCUUAGGGCUCUGCCAGCCUAUCUGCCACCUUAUAUGCGAUUCGUCUCCGUCGGUGCCGGUAUGGCUGUAGGCUAUCUCGAAGCCACCACGAAUACCCUGAGCACGUAUGCGUUGGUGUACACGGGUUUGACUGGAGAUCCGUUCAUGCCCAGUGCAAGACGGGCUCAAGCGUUAACUGGAGCGGUUCAAAGUGCAUCUCUGGCAAGGUAUCGCAGGAAGUUCAAAACGGAACCUCCUUUGACAAUGCUUACUGUUGCACCUCUGACCUUGACGUUCCCGUUUGCCCUCGCAACCUACCUCUUUGUUGCGCACACUCUGGGAGCUCCUGAUCAGGCAUUGGCUGCGUCGUUGCUGGCUGGUGUGGUAACUGCGCUGGUCGGUCUGUUUUGCGUCGGACUUGUCAAGGAUACUGCGGACACUUUGUAUAUCUGCUACUGCAUUGAGAAGGACACGGGGGCUAGACAUCGAGAAGAGGUCUUUAACGCGUUUGAAUAUGAAUCAACCAGUCGCCGACAGCCCCAAACUCACCAGGCUCCUCCACCAUCUCGUCCUCAGCCACCUCCACCACGCAAAUCCCAGCAAUCGAUCUUCGACACGACGCCAGAACCUCCUCUGACCCCCCACGGCCAACCGCGUCGCACGCAACAGCUUGUCGCACCACCUCUACCUCGGGAACCUACGCCUGACCCUUUCGAAGACUCACCUCUAGAUCCAUAUUCCGCUCCAUCUUCACCUGAGAUCAGCGCACGUCCUCAAGGCUCACAGCGUGUCUCUCACUCGAGAGCUCAGAGUAAAGAGCUCCCCAAUGAAAGUUUACAUAUGAGCACCAUGCGGCACUCAUCCGCAUUACCUGGCAGCGAGAGCGAGGGAGAAGGAGAAGAGUCGCAGUUGUUUCCUGGUUCUGAUCUUUUCUGACGCAUCGCCGAUCGUUAAGGACUUUCACGCGUACUUUCUGUAUCCUCAAGUCCAGCUAUUCAUCCACCAUUUGUCGCAGCACAUCAUCAUGAUAAGAUUUCACGGUAGUUUGCUUGCUUGUUGUCUCUGCUGUGUAUGCACAUAUCCAACCAGUGUUGUUUUUCUCCUCGCCGUAGUAUAUUUAGGAUUAGAGAUGGUAUCUUGCUGUCCAAUUCAAAGUGUUUUCCCUCAGCACAAAUUGCAUAUUAUAAUGACGAAUGCCAACCCUGCGAUA